CUCAGCCGGGCCGGCCGCACGGGGGCGCCGCUGGGGCAGCUCUAUCCCACGAGUUGCCCAGCAGCGGAGGAGGCGCUCACUUCCGCGUCGGGCCCGGCGGCGUCCGGCGGCCGCGCCGAGGGCCCGGCCGGUCGCAGAGGAGGUCCUGGACUGCUAAUAUUUUGAAGUUUGAAAGUGUGAGGCAAAAUUUUAGGUAUCCAAGGGAGCAAUGGCAGGCCACAAGACAGAAGAAGAGGUGCUCGAUAUUCUUCGACUGAAUGUGGGUGGCUGUAUUUACACAGCCCGGCGUGAGUCUUUGUGCCGUUUUAAAGACUCUAUGCUGGCAUCUAUGUUCAGUGGUCGUUUUCCUCUAAAAACAGAUGAAUCAGGAGCUUGUGUUAUUGACCGUGAUGGACAUCUAUUUAAGUACCUUUUGGAUUAUCUUCAUGGAGAAGUUCAGAUUCCCACAGAUGAGCACACUCGUAUUGCCCUACAGGAAGAGGCUGAUUACUUUGGCAUACCUUACCCAUACAGCCUGUCUGACCACUUGGCCAAUGAAAUGGAGACAUAUUCUUUAAGGUCAAAUAUAGAACUUAAAAAGGCUUUAACAGACUUCUGUGAUUCAUAUGGCUUGGUUUGCAAUAAGCCAACAGUUUGGGUUCUCCACUAUCUUAACACAUCUGGUGCAAGCUGUGAGAGUAGAAUUAUUGGUGUAUAUGACAAAACUGAUGGAACUGAUGCUAUUGAUAAGCAGCUGGGAGGAAGAAUUCAUAGUAAAAGCAUUUUUAAAAGGGAGGCAGGAAAUAAUGUUCAGUACAUUUGGAGCUAUUAUUCAGUAGCUGAGUUGAAGAAAAUGAUGGAUGCCUUUGAUGCUUGGGAAGGGAAAGGUGUUAGCUACUGGCGGGUGCCUCAUGAACUGAUAGAAUGUUGGACUCUGGAAGAGCGGCCUUUACUUGGAAGUCUGCGGCAUAUGACCCCAAUUCGAAAGAGGCGACUGAUAACGCUCAAUGAAGAGGAAGAAGAAGGUGUGAAUUGUAAGGCAGGUCCUAAGCCAGUCAGAUUUUUGGGCCCUUCCACAAGCACCCAAAUUAAAGUAAAAAACUCCACUUCAGUCAGGGUGUCUCCAGCCAAUGCUAUCCAGAUCUCCUCUCAGAUGCCAGCAAACCAGUCUCAGAGUGGCAGCUGUGGAAAGGCAGCCCAGCGCUCUGUGAACCCUGUGAGCACUGGGGCAUCUGGCCACUCACAGGCUUCGCGUGGGGCCAGAAAUGCUGAAAAUGGAACUCCACACCCGCCUCCAGCAAAGGUACUGCUCUCUGACAAGAAGUCUACACCCCACCGAGUGAUAAAGCUGAAGAGGACUCCACUGUGUGCUGCAGUGCCUUCCCUGCCCACCCCCACAGCAGCAGCGAAGCAGGCCAGCCCCUCUAAGCCGCCGCCUCCAGAAGCUUCUAGCACUUUGGAUGUGGGAACUGAAAAUGACAAAGACCAGUCUGAUGGAUAAAAAUGGUAGACUGGCACUUCCUGUUUGUCUCAGAGCUUUCAACACCUUUGAUACCAAUAAGUGACACUGUUUCUUGAUGCAAUAGAAAGGAAAGCUUAUGUUUAUGCUUAGGAUUAUUGUGGGAAAAAUGAAUUGUGUGAAGUUGGAAUGGCGGAGGGGAGACUUUCAAUGGUUGGGACUGUAUUUACUUCUCAUCUUCCCAACUUUUAAAGGAUUGUCUACGGGUAGUUUGAUAUUUUUUUUAAACUUUAUUUAUAUGGUUAAUUGGUAUUAAGGUGACAGUACAGCACAGUAAUCAUUAGAGAGGUCUCUUUUGUUGCUGAAACAUUGUAGACUCUAGACACUUUGGUAAUACCACUUCUUGUAGCCCAGGUCAUGUCCGGUGAGUAGAGAGGGUGGGAAUCAGCACUUGCCUGCAGUGUAUCAUAGCCUGAAGGGUCAGAAAGGAAGAGUAGAUCAAGGUAAGCCGCCCGCCGUUGCUCUUAGCCUCAAGAUAUCACAAAAGAAAUGAUGGGGAGGGAAAAAGAAUAAUUUGAGAUCACACUCUGGCUCUCACUUACUUGAGCCAUUUUCUUUCCUAAAUUGGCUUUUGUUACUUUUUUCCGUUAGCAGAUUUAUUUAUAUACACUACAGAAAGAUUUCAGUGAUGAGAACUACACAAUGUGUCCUUGGAAUGAAUUGUUAAAAUAUUUGAAUUUGAAUAGUGCGGUUUUGAAAUUACUUUGAAAAAAGAAAGUUAAAAAAUUUAACUUUUUAACUAAAGUUAAUAUUUGUUCUUCAGAAGUGACCAUUAGAGUCAUUCUGAUUAUACAGUAUGAUUUUUUUAUGCAUAAAUUUUCUGUAUAACUUGAAUUAAUAUUUUUAAACAGGAUAUUUUGAUUAAUCUCUAUUUUUCAUGACUAUUCAGUUGUGCAUUUACUCUUACAUGUUCUGUUUUGUAAUUGAAUCACAUAUUCUACUUUCAGUGAGUGGUAUGCCUUCAGCAUUUUCAACAAUAAUAGCUCAUAAAGCAGGAUACUUUUUACUUAGAUGCUUAGUAUUGUUCUUCAUUGCCUUGAAAACGUAAAGUAAACAUAGCCAAACAUUAUUUUUUACAAAAUAAAGAAAAACUUUUCCAUAAAAA